AUUUUAUCAAUAUUCGAAAUUCGAUCUGAAAAUAUUACUUGUAAAAAACUGUGUUUUCACCUUUCACACACAAGCAAUGACAGUAAAUCGAUCGAUUAGGGUUCCUAAUCUACCGUUCGAUUUCCCGAAGAUACAAUAAUUGGAGGUUUCUGUUUACAUUCUGUUCUGGAGAGAGAGCGCAAGAGCAACAACAAGAGCAAUAAAUCGUUGUCUGUGGACGCUCACAUCUCCAUUGCCGAUCGCCUUGCUGCCUUCAUCAACUCCUUUUCGGUCACCCUUCUGUUAGAUCUCCUCCGAUCAGAUUAUUUAUGGAAGCUUAACAAUAAAGUGAUACAGUGCAACAUAAGCAAGCAAUGGGGACUGAAAAUCCAAACCGUGUGAAUACUUAUCCAGGGCCAAUUCCUACUCCUUUUGCAGCUCCUCGAAGCAACAUGCCCAUUUCUUCUUCUUCUUCUCAUCCUGUGGUUGGAUCAGAGGCCUCUGCUUUCAGGCCAACAUCAGUCCCUGCAACAUUAACUACUCCAUUUUCUUCUCCUGGGCCCACGGUUGGAUCCGGGACUCCUGGUUUUAGACCCAUGCAACCAGGUAGGCCUACUCCUUCAUAUGGCCCACCAACCACAGGACCUACACAACGUUUCCCAACUCCACAGUUCCCCUCAGCAGCUCAACCAUCCAUGCCACCAACUUCCGGUGUGGGGCAGCCCAUAUUCCCUCCAACAAUGAGACCUCCACCUCCCGGCCAUGUUCCACCAAUGUCAACCUCCCUAAAUCGUCAGCCACCACCAGCACCAAUGGGAUCACCACCCCAAAGCUUGUACAGUGUUUCUUCUAGGCCAAACAUGCAGCAACCUACACCCCCAACAGGACCACCAUCUUCUUUACCUGGCUAUAUACAGAGUAACACAGUAACAUCACCACCACCACCGCCACCACCAGGUUCUCAUCAAGGCGGUUAUACCCCUCAGCCAACUGCUUCUUCUUCUUUUCCUUCUCAUCAAGGAGUUUAUACCCCUCAGCCAACCGCAUCUUCUCCUUUUUCUUCUAAUCAAGGAGGUUAUACCCCUCAGCCAGCUACAUCAUCUCCUUUUCCUUCUAAUCAUGGAGGUUAUACCCCUCAGCCAGCUACAUCUUCUCCUUUUCCUUCUAAUCAAGGAGGUUAUACCCCUCAGCCAACCGCAUCUUCUCCUUUUCCUUCUCAUCAAGGAGGUUAUGCCCCUCAGCCAACCACAGCUGCUCCUUUUUCUUCUCAUCAAGGUGCUUAUGGACAACCUCCACCAGGAGCAUCUCAACCAGGAAUGUAUGUAGGAGGCUCCGCACCUCCAACGGGAGCUAUGGCGGGUGGUUUGGUAGAAGAUUUUAGCUCCCUUUCUCUAGGAUCUACGCCUGGAUCAUUUGAUGUUGGGCUUGAUAGUAAAGUAUUGCCAAGACCACUGGAUGGUGAUGUAGAACCAACUGCUUUUGCUGGGAUGUAUCCCAUGAAUUGUGAUUCUAGAUUCCUACGACUUACCACUAGUGCAAUACCAAAUUCACAGUCUCUGGUUUCAAGGUGGCAGUUGCCUCUUGGUGCAGUUGUCUGUCCCCUGGCAGAAGCUCCUGAGGGUGAGGAAGUUCCCAUAGUUAAUUUUGCUACAACGGGAAUUGUGCGUUGUAGAAGAUGUCGUACAUAUGUGAACCCAUAUGUGACUUUUACGGAUGGUGGAAGAAAGUGGAGAUGCAAUAUAUGUGCUUUGCUUAAUGAUGUGCAAAAUGAUUAUUUUGCUCAUUUGGAUGCCACUGGAAAAAGAGUUGAUCUGGAUCAACAUCCUGAGCUUACAAAGGGUUCUGUGGAAUUUGUUGCUCCUGCUGAGUACAUGGUUCGGCCUCCAAUGCCACCACUGUACUUUUUCUUGAUCGAUGUAUCGAUAUCUGCAGUUAAAAGUGGAAUGCUUGAGGUGAUGGCACAAACUAUAAAAUCUUGUUUGGAUAAGUUGCCAGGCAGCCCCAGAACACAGAUUGGGUUCAUUACUUUUGACAGCACCAUUCAUUUUUAUAAUAUGAAGUCAUCUUUGACACAGCCUCAAAUGAUGGUCGUCUCAGAUUUGGAAGAUAUUUUUGUUCCAUUGCCAGAUGAUCUCCUUGUCAACUUAUCAGACUCUAGACCUGUGGUUGAGGCAUUCCUGGAUAGCUUGCCUUCCAUGUUUCAGGACAAUGUCAAUGUUGAAUCUGCUUUUGGGCCAGCCCUCAAAGCAGCUUUUAUGGUUAUGAGCCAACUUGGAGGGAAAUUGUUAAUUUUCCAGAGCACUCUUCCCUCACUUGGUGUUGGUCGUUUGAGGUUGCGUGGAGAUGAUCUUCGUGUUUAUGGAACAGAUAAAGAACAUGCUUUAAGAAUACCAGAAGAUCCAUUUUAUAAACAGAUGGCAGCCGAUUUCACUAAAUUCCAGGUUGCAGUCAAUAUAUAUGCAUUCAGUGACAAGUAUACUGAUAUAGCUUCACUAGGUACUUUGGCAAAAUACACUGGUGGGCAGGUAUAUUAUUAUCCAAGCUUCCAUUCUGCCAUUCAUACAGAGAAGCUAAGACAUGAGUUGGCUAGAGAUCUUACUAGAGAAACUGCAUGGGAAGCUGUGAUGCGUAUCAGAUGUGGGAAAGGAGUGCGUUUCACUUCUUAUCAUGGAAACUUUAUGCUAAGAUCCACAGAUCUAUUAGCACUUCCAGCCGUUGACUGUGACAAAGCUUAUGCAAUGCAAUUUGCUCUUGAAGAGACAUUGCUCACAACUCAGAUUGUAUAUUUCCAAGUGGCUUUAUUAUACACUGCAUCUUGUGGUGAAAGGCGUAUUAGAGUACACACCGCUGCAGCAUCAGUGGUUGCAGAUUUAGGAGAAAUGUAUCGCCAGGCAGAUACUGGUGCCAUUGUUUCCUUACUUGGUAGAUUAGCAAUUGAGAAGUCUUUGACGUAUAAAUUGGAAGACGCACGUAACGCGAUCCAACUAAGAAUCGUGAAAGCUCUGAAAGAAUACAGAAAACUUCACGCUGUGCAGCAUCGUGUGGGAAACAGGAUGAUUUACCCAGAAUCAUUAAAAUAUUUAUCUAUUUACGGAUUGUCACUAUGUAAAUCAACCGCACUUCGUGGUGGGUAUGCUGAUGCACAGCUUGAUGAAAGAUGUGCAGCAGGUUUUACCAUGAUGGCUUUACCCGUUAAAAAGAUGUUAAAACUCUUAUAUCCUAGCCUGUUACGAGUCGACGAGUAUCUUGUGAAGGCACCUAGAGUUGAUGGUGAAUUUGAGAGAAUUUGUAAACGGCUUCCACUCGUUGCAGAGAGUUUGGAUUCACGAGGGAUUUAUAUAUUUGAUGACGGUUUUCGUUUUGUGGUGUGGUUCGGGCGCAUGCUUUCGCCUGAUUUAGCCAGGAAUCUAGUAGACGAGGAUUCAUCUGCUUCAGACUUCUCCAAGAGCCAGGUUUGUCUGAAUGAACGUGAGAAUGAAUUGUCGAGAAAGCUGAUGGGGAUAUUAAAGAGACUCAGAGAAGGGGACGCGUCUUAUUAUCAAUUAUGUCAUCUUGUUAGACAAGGGGAACAGCCUCGGGAAGGUUUCUUUUUGCUGUUGAAUCUGGUUGAGGAUCAGGUUGGUGGUAUGAAUGGUUAUGCUGAUUGGAUAAUUCAGAUCCAUCGACAAGUCCAGCAAUAAUAUAUUAAAUAUCCACCAGGGGGACUUCAAAUCAAAUACAUGAAUUUUGAAUUAAUUUUUAUCACCGUUUGAGUUGAUGCCAAGGACAUCUUUUUAUCGGGAACUUAUCUAUCUAUCUAAUAUCUAUGGUGGUGAUGAGACGUCAUCCUGUUUGUUUGCUUCUUCACCGUGGAUUUUUGUUUCAGUAGGCUAUAUUUAUAAGCUAUAUAUAUAUAUAUAUAUAUAUAUAUAUAUAUAUAUAUAUAUAUAUAUAUAUAUAUAUAUAUAUAUAUAUAUAUAUAUAUAUAUAUAUAUAUAUAUAUAUAUAUAUACUCAUACACGAUCGUUUUCUUUUUCUUGAACCAAGGUUUCAAAGCCAACCUAGGCAUGGCCCAACAUAAAACCUUUGUUUUGUUGAUUGAUGAAUUUUCGUAGGAGAUAUGAAACGAGGGCGUACUUUUUUUUUUUGGAGGGUAUUGUGUGUCAUUUGAUUUAGAGUAACGUUUGAUAGACUAGUGUUGCUUUUUUGUUGCUAAAAACCUUGUGUGUAGUUCGUUUUUCCUGUCAUAAAAUUGUGGUCUAGAUAUGUAAACGUUUUUUCUGGUAAAUUAACCAUUUAAUAUUGAGACAA